AUUGAUCGGGGUUAGAUGGAUUCGUUCCGUCUAAUGGAUUCAUCCUUAAGCUUUAGAGAAAGGGAUUCGAUUAUUUGUCCCCACAGACGGCGCCAAUUGUGAGAGACAAGGUUUCACUUCUUAGAUUUAGGUUAGGUCAAGAGAGAUGAAUGAGAAUCGUGGGCUGAAUCCCGUAAAUAAACUUGAAGAAUGAAUAUGAUUUUAUUGAUGAGUUGAAAGAUGAUGAAUACAAAGGAAUGUAUCUUGAGAUGAUUACUAAAGAACAAGUAAUGCUUUUAAUCUAAUACAAAAGUUGAUAUAUGGAAAGAGAUGGCUUGUCUUUUAUCUUCUCCGUCUUUAUAUAGUCUAGGUUUCGUUGGCAGCUCUUCAACUGUUCUCCGAGAUAUUCGGCUUCAAUUACGGAACUCGCUUUAGGCUCCUCUUGACCGAGUCUCUUAAGGUGUUAGCUCACUUUCUGUCGUGACCUCUGCUAUGAUGUCUCCCAGAUCCAGUCGUCAGCUCGGCUUUCAGCUCCCUUUGUUAUGAUGGGCUUAUCGCAACCCACAUGCUAGUUCACGCUUAUCGGUACCUCACCUGAGGGUCAUAUUCGGGUCCAACAGUUGCCCCCAGCUUCCGAAUAAAAUCCUUUGUCUCGGAAGCUAGAAUCUAGCUAUCGAUCUUAUCUUUUCGUUGAGAUAAUGAUUAGUUCUUAUCCUAUUUAGAUUCGGCUUACCCGAUCUAACGGUCUUUAUUACGUUUGGCAGAAUCUACGGUUCAGAUGGAGAGGGUUUGAAAUGACCUUUCCAAUUCUCGAGAGGUGAUGGGAUAUAAAGCUGUGAACAUUAACUGCUAGCCUCCCACUUUCUCCACGCCUCCGUUCGGUUUCCAAGGUAACUUCUCUCCUCUCUCUUUAUUUUACUGCGAUUUCUAUUUUUUUUUAUCUUCCUCGUUACUUUUCUCUGCAAAUUCUCUCCCAAACCUUGCAAUCGAUUUUCUCCUUAACCUUCCCGUACUAUGGAUCAUCCGAAAGAAGGUUCCGGGGAAUCCGGGAUGCCUCCCUCUGCUUCUGGAGCUAAACUACUGAAAGUUAAGCAAGAAGUCGGAGCCAAGAUGAGGAAGGGGAAAAAGACAGCCAGGGAGGCAAUCGCGACCAGAGUUUCUAAACGGAAGAAGAAAGACGAUUCUAGCGGGAGCAGUCCUCACUCGCCUUCGUUGCUGAAAAAUCAAGACGUGGUUAACCUCAUGGUUCAAGCUCUCGGCCAAAAGGAGCUUGGCCGUGCCUGUAAUUCCGAUGAAACCCCCGAGACCGCUCCGGAGGGUUGGUUCUGUUGUCAUGAGAAGUACAUCUCCAAGUCUCACUUGAGAUUUCCUCUUCCGACCCUACUGCUUGAUCUACUAGAUCAUUAUCAGUUAGCCCUUUCCCAACUCUGUCCCUCGGUUAUCCGGGUGAUAAACGGCUUUAUCACUAGGUCCAAAGAGGAGGGGGUUAGCGUCGGUCUUACCGAACUUAUGAGCCUCUUCUCCCUGAAGGAAAGCACCUCUAAGGAGGGUGGUACCGGGACCUACUACCUCCCUAGUCGUCCCAAUCAUGUUAUCUUCAGAUUCUCUAGUAGUGAUGAUGACUGGAGGAAGAAGUAUUUUUACGUUAAAGUUGAUCCUUCGACGGUUCCUGUGGGUCGGAACCUUAGGGUCACUUGGACUAAUCCAUCUGGUUAGGAAUUCUAGGGAUAUGC